GAAACGCCGCCGUGCCCGCAGAGGGCGCUCGCGCAUCGGAGCCGCUCACGAGCAAGAAGCGGAAGUACAUAGCCGCAAAUGUCCCGGAGAGCCCAGCAACAAAACAACACGUUCAUUCGGGCACCGUUGGAGUUUUUAGGGGGCCUUUCCCCCCCCACCCCCUGGGGCUAGCAUACGGUGUAGCGCGUGUGUUGUUGUUGUUGUUGUUUUGGACCGGCUCGGAUGGCGGCUAGCCGGCUAACAUCGCUGCACCUUUGACCUGUGUGCAUUUGCAGCAGCAUUUGACGUGCAUCAAAUGUGGCAGUUCUGCACUUCAAAUCGGAAACAACACUUUCCCAUUUUCCACGCAGACUUUGUUUAUGGCAACCACGAGCGCCUUGUUAGCUCCCCGAAUAUGAGGCGGUCCGGAGCUUUCCGACGAUGCCGCAGCUUGACGCUAGCUUGACACCGAUCGAGACGCAAAUACUUGGAUCUAAUCUUGAGGAAAUUGUGCCUUAAUUGUGUAUAUAUAUUUGAGUUGUGGCAACGGCUAAUGUUGUUUGGGCAGCCAACGGCAGUGGACGUCCACGUCGGUUGUGUUUCCCGACCUUUUUGGAGCAAAGUCUCUAUGUACCAUGUGCCAGCCGAUGGAAGAGCUUUUCAUUGUUUUGAUUGUCACUCCUACGUCACUGGUGUAAAUAGCUGGCCAAAAGAUGCGUUAUUUGUUUAAAGUGAAAUUAAAUUAAAAGUGCUCAGCUCAAGGUAAACUUCAGCAAGCCAUUUCUUGGCUACUUUAAGGGAAAGUUCUUUACGCCUGCGUGAUGACAGACGUGGACACAGGCAGAUGUGAAUUUGAGCGAUUAGGAAUGGUGGACGGAAAAGCAAGUGGAACAUGGCCACGGCAAUGACUGAAGCGCUUCACUGAAGACAUGAGUCUCCGGCAGCCCACCUCCACCCUUGACAGCCCGUUCGCCGCUUGGCUCAGCAGUCUGACCGUCGGGGAUUCGGAACGCAAGUGGUCCGCCGCUCAGCAGAAGGACCCGCCGGCGGACGCCCCCAACGACGGCGCCGGAGCCGGCCUGGUCCAGAGAUGCGUGGUGGUGCAGAAGGACCAGCUGGGUUUCGGCUUCACCGUGUGCGGAGAGCGGGUCAAGCUGGUCCAGAACGUGCGAGCAGGCGGAGCAGCCGUCAAGGCCGGCGUGCAGGAAGGAGACCGAAUCAUCAAGGUUAACGGCUCGCUGGUGUCCUCCAUGUCUCAUCAGGAGGUGGUCAAGCUCAUCAAAUCUGGAACAUACGUGGCGCUCACGCUACAAGGACCGCCGCCCUCGCCGUCCUCAAUCCCCGCUGAGCCCAACCUCAGCGGUGGGGAGAGCCCACCCAGUCCGCCUUCACUGAGCAGCACCCCCUCCCAAAGAAUCACUCGACCCAAACCACUCCAGGACCCGGAGGUGCAGAAGCACGCCUCUCAGAUACUCAGGAAGAUGCUGCAGCAGGAAGAAAUGGAGCUGCAGGCCUUAAUGGACGAGCGCUGGCGGAACCCGUCCCCGUCUCUGGAAGAGCGAAUCGAAAGCGCCAAGAGGCGAGCUCAUCAAGUCCGCGUCAAGCUUCAGCAGGACGCGUCGCCCAUGCGGACGGAAAGCGUCACUCAGGCUGUCGCUGGGGUCCAAGCAGGGCGCUUGCUGGCAGACUCGAGCGAGGGCGACACGGAGAGUCCCCAUUCAUCCCCCUCAUCUUCCCCGUGGCAGCAACGGCAGCGCUCCGACACAUCCCCCCUCUCUGAUUGGAGCGGGAGGACCCAGAUCAUCGGGCCCGAGGAAGAGGACGAGGACGGAUACGCGUUCAAUGAGAUGGACGGGCCCUUCCAGGACGUGGAGCUGCUGAAGUCGCGGCCCGCCCACAUGACCGUCUUCCUGAGAUACGUCUUCACGCAGCUGCUGGACCCCAACCCGUUGCUCUUCUACCUGUCGGUGGAGGCGUACCUGAGCGCCGCACCCAAAGACGCCCGCUCCCUGGCUCCGCAGAUCUGCGCCCAUUUCCUCGAUCCGGACGCCCCCCUGAAGCUCAAAGUGCCAGUCGACUACCUGACGGACAUCGAGAGCCGCUUCCACGCUCAGGAGGACAUCCGCGGGCCUCUUUCGGAGCUGCAGCAGCAGGUGCUGCCCCACAUCCAGGAACAACUGUUGGACUACAGGAACAAGCAAAUGAUGGGCCUCGGCGCGCUCUUCGGCGAAGCUGACCUGCUGCUACUGGACGGAGACCCGAUGAAGGAGCGUCAGGUGGUGGACAAGCAGGUCACCGCCCUCUGGGAGAUCCUGUGCAAGCACGAGGAAGACAGAAGCUCCCCGCUGGCGUCGGCCGUGCUGCUUUACCUCCGCCACGCCGGCAUCAAGUUGCGAGACUCCAAGGCCUUCCUGGGUUUGAGCAGCGAGAAGGAAAAGUGGACGGCCUUCCUCAAGGCCAAAAAGCCCGGCAGCGCCAAGAAGGAGAAAGAUGGCGAGGACAAAAAGAGGAAUCCCCUCCUCAAGUACAUCGGCAAACCUCGGAGCACCUCUCAGUCCACAUUCCAUGUCCCGUUGUCCCCCACCGAAGUGCGCCCAGGAAGCGUCAAGAACAUCAUUCAGCACUUUGAGAAUCACACGGAAGACGGCGGCGACCCGUCCUCGCCGUCCUCCGCCGUCGACGAGGACAGCCCCAGCGGGUCCAAACGGCUGGCGCGCAGCGAGUCUUUGAAAGCUCAGGGAGAAGGGCGGCGGCGGGGCGGGGCCUCCUGCGGCGACUCCGUACCCCGCUCGCGCAGCGACGUGGACAUGGAGGACCCGGCGGCGGAGGACAGGGAAGGGACGGCUUUCCGACUGCAGCAUAGCACGUCCUCGGCGUCCGGCAGCUCGGCCAGGUCUCUGGAAAACGCCACGCCGCCCUACACGCCUCGCUCCAUCCGCAGGGGCACGGAGUCGCCGCUGAGCCUGCUGCUGCUGGACGCCGGCGGCGGUGGCGAGGAAGAGGCCUGCGAGGCUCACAACUGGCAGGAGACGGUGCCGCGUCAGCUCUUGGACACACUCAGCCCGAGGGAGGUGGAGCGCCAGGCCGUCAUUUAUGAGCUCUUCACAACCGAGGCGUCGCACCUCCGCACGCUCCGAGUUCUGGACCAGGUCUUCCUCCAGAAGAUGAGGUCUGUUCUCAAUGCGGACGAGCUGGCGUGCAUCUUUCCCAACCUGCCGCAGGUCUACGAGCUGCACGCUAGUCUCUGCGAGGCCAUGAGGAAGCGGCGAGAGUCGCUGAUUGUUCAAGACAUCGGCGAUGUCAUGUUGGCCAGGUUUGAGGGCGCCGCCGGCGAGGAGUUUGAGGAGCAGGCGUCGCGCUUGUGCAUGCAGCAGUCCCGGGCACUGGAGCUGAUCAAGAGCAAACAACGCAAAGACCCCCGCUUUGCCCACAUCGUCCAGGAGUGCGAGGCCAGCCGCCACUGUCGCCGGCUGCAGCUCCGAGACCUGCUGGUGGCCGAAAUGCAACGCUUGACCAAGUACCCGCUUCUUCUGGACAACAUCAUCAAGCACAGCGAGGUGACCUCCGCCGACCUUCCCGCCCUCCGCCGGGCUCAGGCCUGCUGCCGCGGGAUCCUGCAGGCGGUCAACGAGGUGGUCAGGGAGACGCAGCACCGCCACCACCUCAGCAAGUACCAGCGCCGACUGGACGUGGCGCCGCAGUUCAAGGGUCUGGAUCUGAGCACCAAGAAGAUGAUCCACGAGGGUCCGCUGCUCUGGAAAGUUAACAAGGACAAGCAGUUGGACAUCCACGCCCUGCUGCUGUCCGACUGCCUGCUGCUGCUGCAGCGCGGCCCCGACGAGCGCCUGUUGCUGCGUCACCCGUCCCGCUGGCUGGGCGGUGGGGGCGGCGGCGGCGGAGGAGGAGGAGACAGCCCGCUGGUCAACUUGGACUCGCUGCUGGUGCGCUCGGUCGCCACAGACAACAAGGCGCUCUACGUCAUCAGCACCGCAGAGAGCCAGAUCUACGAGCUGGUGGCGGGGACGGCGUCAGAGAGAAACACCUGGAAGGAUUUUCUGGAAAAGACCAUCGCUUCUGCCGCCAGCCCACCCGUGUCCAAUCACGGCUCGGCGGCCGAGACUCUUGGUGGCGCGUCCCUGGUGGAAGCUGCAGGCCCCACCCACACAGAAAACGCCGGGAAGACGCCCGUUGACGCCGGCGCCAUCUCUGCGGCUCGCGACCAAUCCGGAGCAUUGCGCUGUGAUGACGGGCACGGCGAGGGCGUGGCGCAGGCAGCCUUGCAAGACGUUGAAACGCUGCGUCAGCUCCUGGUACUCAACGCGGACGUGUGGAGCCACGCCUUCCCAAGCUCGCCCAACGAAUGCGUGCACAAUCUGAGCCAAGACCGAUGGGAGGCGGCGCCGCCGUGCAGCAGCGCUCAGCUCCGACCAAAAGGAAACGUCUUCUACCUGGCCAUGCCCGCCCCCGCGGGCGAGAGCGCCACCGACCCGACAGACGGCGGCCCGGAAGGCGACCCGUCGGCGGAGGCGGGCCAGUCGUGGCAGAGUCACAUGAUCAAAAACGUCGAGGAGGUCUUCCGCACCAUUGAGGAUCUGACCAGCAAACUGCGCCGGCUCAAGGACAUGGAAGGGGAGCACCGCAAACUGCUGACGUCGCUCCGUCGGGAGGAGGAAGACCGCGGCUGGGCGGACGGGAAGGAAGCAAAUCCCGCCCAGCCCAGCGUUCAGUCCACUGGAUUGUGAGAGCCACUUGAAGCGCCCCAAAAGUGACCUCCAAUUGCUCAGCACUUUAGCCACAGAGCGGAAAGCCCCGUCCUCGCCCCGCCCCGCCCCUAGCAUGUUUUAGGCCAGUGGUUCUCCGAAGCAUGGUUGGGUCAGCCGCCUAUAGUUUGCAAAAUAAUUUGCAGUAAAUUAUUAUUUGAUGUCAUUUACUAAAAAAAAAAAAAUAGUGCAUAGCUACUGUAAAGACUGGGAGGGGCGCACCCAUUAAAUACGAAACCAAUGACUGCUCACUCAUGGAAGCAAAUUCCUGCCACACCAGAAAAAAAAAAAAAAACACCUGAUCAAUUUUGCGGGAUGAGUGAGAAUCGUUUUGCUGUUUUACAAAUCAAACCCGAUAGGCAACUGUGCUGAAGAAGAAUAAUCGUGUUCAUUUCCAAAGCUAUCACAUCAUGACACACAGUAAUACCGAGACUUUUUUUUUUUUUUUCUGGUGCGGCUUUUGUACUACUCUGGGGUGAUAAAGGCGUCUUUUCCACAGUAAAUGUGAAAUCGGAUCAAAUUUCAUAUUUGAAAUGCAUGCUUUAUUUAUUAAUUGGAGCUUUUUAACCCCUCCCUCUUUUUAUCCACUUGUUUUCCACCCUUGAACAUCCCCCCCCCCUCACACACACACACACACCUUUAUCGAGGGACACAGUUGGUGGUCAAAUGUCGUAGGAAUUUGAGGGAGGGUUGACCCAAACGUUUGCCAUUACCGACUCAACCGCCUAGCUUAGCAUCAGGACAUACCGGGAAAGGAGCAGUGCUACGUAAGCUAUGCUAAUCCUCCCAGCUGCUGCUGGCAGUCGUCACCUAAAGAAAGAAAGAAAAAAACACUUUUGCUACUUGUCAUGUUGUCAUGCCGCAUUCUCUUCCCGGCGGACGGACACUACCAAAGUCCAAACAUCCGCCAUCCGAGUGCGGCGAAUCACCGGCGCCGAAUCACUGCGUCGGCUGAUUCUACCUCCGUGGCCACGUGCGGGUGCUCCGGCGUAGUUUUCCACGUGUUGCACAAAGUAAUUCUACUGUAACUCGUCAUGUUUCCUGUGUUUGUGACAUUAAAAUCACACAAUCAAAA